CGAAAGGAUCAAUUAGACUUGGAUGAGGCCAGCCUUAGAUCAAAAUUAGCCGAAUUAUUGGUGGAGGUUCGCUCCGGGAGGGCUGGCGGUGACAAACUGGAAAGGCUCAUUAGCGACACAAACGAGGGCUCACUUUCGGAAAAUAAAAUACAAAAUUUUAUUAAUAGUAACGAAGAUAUUGCCGAAAAAAUAACUUACGCCAAAAUGUUACAACACGAAGGGGUUAUAUACGUGGGCGCACCCGGGCAUGGCCAGUCACUGGAAACGGCUAAAAUGGAACGCCUACAAUCGGAAAUUUAUAUUUUGUUCUGGGCCAGUUUGUCGAGUGACACAAAGGAUCGAAACUGGACUGAUAAUAAACAUUAUUUUUUACGACUGGUUAAACAGAACAAUGACCUUGCUACAGGCGCUAAAAAGGAUAUGAUCAGAUUUAUAGCCGCCGAUUUGGAUAUGAGACCCGAGUUAAAUGACCAGGAACAUGUUGCAAAAGGAACGCGUAUUUGCCUGUUUAAGAAUGGCAAAUAUAUUCAUCAGAAUGUAUUGCUUGAUUAUAUUACCCAUAAUGACCGGUGUUUGAUUAAGCCAACUGAGCCGGUUCAAUUAGUAGUGAAUAAGCCCAAUAAGGGUGUCAUUUUGGAGGUACGAUGUCCCGGCUCACUAUCAGGUUAUUGUGAUUCAAAGGACGACCAAACCUGGCAGUGUUACAAAUGUGACGAACUAAUUGAGCAUGAUAAAGAUUUGGAAAAACUAUUAGAAAAAUUGCGACCAAUGAAAGAGAUGAAUAUAUUGAUUUUGGGCGAAACUGGCGUGGGUAAGUCCACCUGGAUAAAUGGCCUGGUCAAUUAUAUGACAUUCAAGUCGCUGGAUGAUGCCGAGCAGAAUAAAUCGCUGAGUCUAAUAGCGUCAUCAUUUACAAUUACCGAUAUAAACUUUAAGCAAUAUAAAAUUAAGAUUGGCGACGAUAAGAAUGAGGUAAUGGUUGCAGGACAGUCGACUACUCAAGAACCAAAAGCCUAUGCAUUGGAUUGGGGUAAAAAGCACGUUAGACUCAUUGAUACGCCUGGCAUUGGAGACACGCGUGGCCUCGAACAGGACAAAGAGAACUUCGACGCCAUAUUGCGGUACAUCUCAAACCUGGAUGAGUUGCACGGCAUAUGCAUACUGUUAAAGCCCAACACCUCCAAACUCACUGUUAUGUUCCAGUAUUGCGUCAAAGAGUUGUUGACACAUCUGCACAAAAGUGCAAGCAACAACAUAGUGUUUUGCUUCACUAAUACACGUAGCACGUUUUAUAGACCGGCUUAUACACUGCCGGCAUUAAAAACGCUUCUGAAUGAGAAUAAAGACGUUAAUAUAGAGCUGUCGAAGCAUACGAUAUAUUGUAUGGACAACGAGUCCUUUAGAUUUCUGUGUGCCAUUCAUAAUGGUAUUAAAUUUGAGCAAUUUUAUAAACAUGAUUGUUCGGUCUCGUGGGACAAAUCGGUGGCCGAAACAAAUCGACUGUUCGAACAUAUCGACGGCUUAAAGCCGCACAAAAUCUGGAAUACUUUAUCGCUGAAUGACGCGCGCAAGGUUAUUUUGAGUUUGACAAAACCGAUGGCCGACAUUAGCAAGAACGUCCAGACCAAUAUAGCCAUCAUCGAUGAUAAAAAGGCUGAAAUAACGAGCUCAAAAAAGGCCCAAAAAGAACUACUUGGCAAGUGAAUUAAACUUUUGUUAAUUAGAUUAUUAAUAUCUUAAAACUAUAGUCAUAUAAUUACAAACCAACUAAUUGUGGUAAUACAUUAUGUGUCAAACACAUUUAAUGACAAUAAUUGUUA